AUCGUCAUGUAUCAUGGUCUCUCCCCGUCUCAUGUGCACACACCCCUGAAUGCACGCUGACCCCUCGGCUGCUACUCCACCUGUCUACACAAAUGUCCGUCCGACACAGAAUGAGAUACCUGUACGUCCCUCCCCCCAAACGCAACGCACGCACACAACACGCACAGAAGACAGCAAGGACAUCAUAGAUUUCCGCCCACACACAGAGGCAUGUGGGAAUUGGCAGCUUCUCUGGCCAUGUACGCAUGACAAGUAUCCGAACAAGCAAAGGAGGGAGGGGGUGACUCUGUCUGUUGUGUCUGUCUGUCUGUCUUUGGGUCAUCAAAAGCCAGGCGGGCGGCGAUCAGAAUGCCGGCCAGCCGACUACACUAAAUGCAGUCACAUGAGCACAUCAACACGCAGUAGUGUGUCGGUGCGUGUGGAUGGACCUGUCUGUCUGUCUUUCUGUCUGUCUGUCUCAGACUUCACCACACUACAACUCAAUCAACAACGGGGCUGGCGGGGAUGUGAUGUGCCAGAUGCGAUACACUUGCUUACAGUCUACCUCUCUCCUCUCAAACCCACGCACAUCCAUCCAUCCAUCAAAGUGAAGAAGGGAAGCUACCUGUCUACCUGUCUCAGCUAGCUAGUGCAGUAAACCCAUCCAUCUUUUGUUGUCACGUCAGCCAGGCACCUGUCGUCUGUCGUCUUGCAGCGGAAGAUUCACACGCCAAGCACCUGCACACGACACACCACACCAACCGAACACACACAGACGUGCCUUGUAGCCUCUCGGCUGCUGUCUGCCUCACCACGCACAGCACACACCCAUACACACACAUACCUGUGCGUUUGUCUGUAGGCAGAAUUAGGGCCCGAACCUAAUCUCGCCUGUCUCGUCUUCAUCAGGCUGGCUCUCUUCUUCAUCCUCCUCUUUGUCUGGCGGGGGUGUGAAGGCCGGUGCCGCGGGAGCCUCCUGCUCGUCCUCAGGCUCAUCAGGCUCAUCAGGCUCAUCCUUUCCGGGAUGACCUCCUCCUUGCUGUAGGCAGACGUCGUCGGGCACCUUCACCAGCACACCCUCGCACUGCCCGUAGCCCAGGUUGGGGGCCGCACACGACUUGCAGAAGUUGACACCCAGGGGCAACUCGAGCGGCUGGCCAUUGCAGUCGGUGUUGCCCUCGCACUUGAGCAUGUUGGUAAUGAGGUUCCUCUCCAGCACAACAUGGGGCUGGUUGUUGGCUAUCUUGACGUUGCAGGCCGUGUUACCCUCCAUCUCGACUCCGCCCUUGUUGUUGGCGAUGACGAGGUUGUUGACGUCGUCGACGCGCAUGGUGCUGUCGCUGCCGUGCUCGCACACGGAGUCGGUGUGCGUGUCCUCCUCUAUCUCGAGCUCGCCCUGGAUGUGUUUGAACUCGGCGAAGGGCGACUUGUUGCGGUUGGCGUCAACGCCCCGGCUGGUCCUGUGGACGGAGAUGAGGUUGCCGGCCACAUUGCGUGCCAAGACCACGAAACGACUUAUGUCCUGUAGAUGGGUGGGGGGAUGGACGCACACGGAGCCACAGACAGACAUGGCGGUGUGUGUGUGUGUGUUUCUGACGAGGCGCGCCCACCCCACCCCACCCCACCCAGCGGCCGUACCUCGAGGAUGAUGUCAUCUUCGACUUCGUUGUGUACGAUGCGCAACUUGCCCUGGAGGUUCUUGACUUCCAGCCCCUUCAUCUUGCUGUCCUCGACGGUGAUGCUGCCCACCCAGUCCUGUAUGAUGAGGCACCCGGACAGCUCCAGGUGUUUGCGCCAGAUGUCGCCGUUGAGCGUCCCUCCGUCGCCGAUCAGCUCCAUGUUGCCCUCCACUAUCUUGCCCGGCGCCGACGAGCGCUCACACACGCCAUGGACCCCGGUGGAAGCCGAGAGGAGGGACACGAGGACGGCUACGAGGGAGGCAAGAGAGGAGGCCAUGGUGAACGGGGGAGUCGAAUACCCUGGGGAAAAAAGGCUGAAGGAGCGAGAGAGAGAAGUUGGGGAUUCUCGGACUUCAGG